GUAAAUGUCGUAAUCGGUGUGGUUUCCUGGUAUAAACAAACGAGUUGGUAGGGUUUUAAUUUCGACAAUUUGAACAGCUUAAAAACCUUUUUCUCUUUUUGUGUUGUUCCUGAUACCAGAUGCAAUGUGGUUGUACCUUUGGGGCCAUUCGGUAUACCAUCUUAUUCGUUGGUUUCCCAGAAACAAUAGAACAAAAAUAUUUUUCAUGGUGAUGUUGAUAACGGCGGUGCUGGUUGUACCACAGUUCUUCGUUCUGCUACUGGACCACUCCAGCAGAUGGUGCCGCUAUCCACUCUUAGAGCUUCUGAUUGUCUCCCUUGUCUUCACUCUCUUUCUUAUUGGGUUUACAUUCCUCUUCAUGGUGAUGAUGCCAGUCCCGAGAGUGGUGAAGAUCAUAUUCCAUGUGUUUGGAGCUCUCUCUCUUAUUAUCAGUCUCGUACACAUCAUACUCACUUCAAAAGCUGCUGAAUGUAGUACCACAACAGAAGCCCUCUAUUACCUGUCAUUUGCUUUGGCCAUAUUGUCUGGAAUUUCAAUAUGUUAUUUUGCUCUUGUUCUGCCUUUCUGGAUGAUGAACCGACUUUGGAAAAAUUCUGUUCUGGACUUCCAGAACCGAAGUGGAAUUUGCUACGAGCCCGUCAAGUGCUGUUCCUGUGUUUGGCACAUCUGAAACAAUCUAAGCACCGUUUUCAAAUUAAAACGUGUUUCAGUGAUGGUUUUUGUACAACAGUCAGAGAGAAUCAUCUUUCUUUGAGUAUUCUGUCAUACAUUUUUACUCCAAUGCUUUAUGAAAAGUAUCCGUCCUGGUAAAUAUGUUUGGCAUUUGUAUAGGAAGUUUGAAAAAUGAAUUUAUAUAAUUGGUUGAGAAUUUGUAAUGACUUUCAACUUGCAGUAUCCAAGGAUGUGGUACCCAUGUAAAUUGAAAAGCUGAAAUAAUCUUUUACAAGCUGAAACCUUUUUUACUAUAUCUAAAUAAAGGUUCAUUUUUAGCAUUUCAGAUCAAAUCCAAUUUAUUUUAUGAAAAUUAUUUUGUACAAAAAAUGCUGAAAUCAGAUUUUAAAAACAUCCACGAAAGAGCUAAAAAAUCAAAUCUGAAUACCAAUUUAAUUGCAUAAAAACCAUCCAUAAUAAUAUGAUCUGAUAUUCAGACUGAGUUUCUGCAAUGCCGUGAUAAUAAUCCCUAUACCUCACAAUUGAUUUGAAAGAUAUGAAUUUAUACCCUCAAAAAUGCAGACAUGUUUUCUAUAGAUUGAGGAAGGGAAGAAGGAAAUGUUUUAUUUAACGACACACUCCACACAUUUUAUUUACAGUUAUAUGGCGUCGGACAUAUGGUUAAGGACCACACAGAUAUUGAGAGAGGAAACCCGCUGUCGCCACUU